AUGAUGUAUUUGGCGCGUUUAUUGACGAGUUGCUUGCUGGCGCGCGUCGCUGCGGCGGCAGAGCAGAAGCCCAUUGGGCCGGGGCUAGAUACCCACCCGCCGCCGAUCAUAUCGGACCAUGGCCAGACGCCAGUUAGAUGGCACCGGAGUCUCAACUUCUCGUCGUCGGCGCCGCACCUCUUUGCCUCGGCGUACGGGCUAUUGCAGCAAUGGAGCAAUACAGUGUUUCCAAACGGGCACACCAUGGCUGCUGUGGAGAUCCCGGCUUUUACGCUUUUGUAUCAUGGGAGGAUGGACGAGGAAGCUGCGCCGAGCCCGGAGUGGCUUGCAUUUGAUAUGUGA